ACAAACAUGUCUGCGCCCUUGAGAUGGCAUGAGUAACACAGGCUGAUAGGUUAUGGGUGCACUUCGCUGUUAGUUAGAUUAUAUAUGACAGCAGAGUUGUGUGAAAAGAGGCGAUGGCAUUAUUUUCAGUUUCUAGAUUCAGUGGUGAUGCAUAUGAUACAGAUGGAAACAAAAACAAAAAAGCUGCAGAUAUACUUGCAAAUAUUCACAGAAAAGCUAAAGAGAAGAGAAGGCAAUCAUGUUCCAAUGUACAUGAAGCAAAAGAAGAAAGUGCAAUUUUAAAGCAUAGGGAUUUGACUCAAAAUGUCUCUUUUAAUAUUAACGAGGAAUCGGUUAAACAUCCAGUUGAUCAUGUAGAAACAAAGCCAAAUGAUUUGAAAGAGACCUUUCUUAAAAAAGACGAAUCUAAGCCCUCUGCAAAAAAUGUGAAAAGAAAAAGGGAAAAGAGAAAACUUAAAACAGACCACGAUUCUGAAAAAGACAUGUACCUUGACAGUAGACCAACAAUAUCUGGAGUUGUCAAGUCAAUUUCUCAAGAUUUAGAAGGGGAAAAGAAAAGAAAGAGAUUUGCACACCAACAGCAAGAUGACAAAGAACAAGCAGAUAUUUCUGAUGAACCUCAAGUAAAGUCUUUGAAAGAGUCAACUGAGACUGGUAUUGCAGAUGCUGAUGAUCAAAUAGAAGGUGAAAGGCAGGAUUUUGCCACUGAGGACCAAACUGCAGAAGGAGGCUUUACGGUCCUUGGAAACUUUUAUAAAAAGAAACAAGAAAAGGUUCACCGCCAGUUGCCAGCCUGGUUAUCCCAUCCAACUAUUGUUCCUAUUGACAUCAGAUAUCAAAAAUCUGAUUUGGAUGCUGUGAAAGGGUUAGAUGAAAGCUUACGAGAAAAACUAAAAGAAAACAAUAUAUCAUCUUUUUUUCCAGUCCAGGCUAGUGUUAUCCCUGCUAUCCUUCAGUCUGUGGAGUAUGGUAUGGGACGUGCAGGAUACAGGCCAAGUGAUAUCUGCUGUUCUGCUGCUACUGGAAGUGGAAAGACACUGGCAUUUGUGUUGCCUAUUGUACAGAUUCUACAAUCACGUGUUGUGCCUCAAAUACGGGCAUUAGCAAUUCUACCAAGCAGGGAUCUAGCAACACAAGUUUACAAGGUGUUUCAGACUUACUGUUCUGCCACACAACUGAAGGUCGGUUUGAUCAUUGGUCAAAAGACAUUGGGCAGUGAACAGACAACAAUCGUAAAGAAAAGUCACAGAGGUUUCCAGAGUUUAGUAGACAUUUUAGUAGCAACUCCAGGGAGAUUGGUGGACCAUAUUAAUCUCACACCUGGAUUUACAUUGCAACAUUUACAGUUUUUGGUAAUAGAUGAAGCUGAUCGUAUGAUGGAUGAGAUAAAGCAAGACUGGUUAACUCGAGUGGAGACUGCAGUUUAUGAGCAUCGGACCAAACCAGGUGCUCUUAAUGCUGCAAGUGCCAGUAGACUAGAUAUGCCACUACACAAGCUUUUGUUCUCAGCGACACUUUCUCAGAACCCAGAGAAACUCCAGCAACUUAAUUUGUUUCAACCAAAGCUGUUUACUGCAGGUUUAAAAGAACGGGUGGAAAUUGAAUCAGUUAAUUUGACAUCAGAGAAAACAGGAGAGGAAGAUGGACUGGCAAGGAUAGAAGGUGGCUUUGUUGGAAAAUACACUACACCUGUUGGAUUAAGUGAAUAUUUCAUCCAGGUGGCAGCUCAAGACAAACCACUUGUUGUUCUCCACUUGAUGCACCAUUUGAAGUUCAGACAUGUCCUGUGCUUUACCAACUCAGUAGAGGCCACUCACAGAUUGUUUCUACUAGUCAAACUUGUAGGUGGUCUAGAAGUGCGAGAAUUCUCCUCUAGUUUGCAUGCCAUCAAGAGAAAUCGCAUCCUCAAACAGUUUGCAGCUGGGAAAAUUGAUCUCUUGGUUUGCUCUGAUGCCAUGGCCAGAGGUAUGGAUGUGGACAAUGUCCAGUAUGUGCUGUCCUAUGACUCUCCACCAUAUAUAAAGACAUAUAUCCACAGGGUAGGGAGGACUGCCAGAGCUGGGAAAGUGGGAACAGCUGUCUCUCUGUGUGAAAAGAAGGAGAUUUUCCAUUUCAAGAAGAUGAUUAAAGAGGCAGGGAAGACUAGUGUGUCAGAAAUGAAGCUGAGAAAGUCAGACUACAAAGCAUUAGUGGAACCAUACAAAAAUGCAUUAGCAGAACUUCAAGAAAUUCUCAAAAAAGAAAAGAAAGGAAAACGAUGAAGUUAAAAAAUACACUACAGUUAGAUUUGUUGUUAUGCUGUAGCAGGAUGAAACAUUCUUAUGAUAACCAUAUGAUAACUUUUCUGAUAGUCUGGAUUAUGAAUCUGAGAUUGGAAGGAAAAAGAUGAAAUAAAACAACAGUCAUGACAAAGAGCUAAUUAAAUUUGUAAUGAUCGCUUUACAUAGAUUUAAAAACUGCUUAGUAAAGUACAUGUAGACAAAGUUGAAUGGCAAUGCACCUAACCAAACUAAUACAACUAUAUGGCAAAGAUUUGUCAUGGAUCCUUUCACAUGAGUAAUAAGUUCACUGAUUAGUCCACACGGGCUAAAUCCCUCAAGUCUAUUUUAAACUUUGUUAAAUCAUUCAAAUUAAGUUUUGUGUGAAAAUGAAUAAAAGAUAUAGUAUUUUUCAUAACUGUUAUAUGAUGCAUAGUUUUAAAAUAAAUGACUGUCAUCAGCAUUGGGUUUGAUCACAAUUGAUUCAAAGUGAAAAACACAGUGGAAAUCUCAAUCUUUGGUUUUUGUUGUGUGCAGAUUUUUCCAUUUGGUAGGUAUAUUUUCCAUCAAUUUGAUAUUAAUCUAGAUUGAAGACUGAUGCUUUUUAUCACCGUUCAGAUUAAGUAUUUGUGUCAUUUUUUGUUUCUACUUUAUUGGAUUGUAAUAUUGUUCAGAAAACAUUAAGUAGAAAUUUUCAAUUUUUUUUCAAAGUUUGUAGUAAUUCAUACUUGGAAGCGAAAUGUAGACUUGGAUGCCAGCCUUUGUAAUGCAGCAUUAUCUGGAGGAGUGCCGGAAAUGUUUAUCAACAGAGGACACAUUGUAGUACUCCAUGCUUCCGGAAGGACCAAAGGGUGUACUUCAGGUUUACCAUGUCAAACAAACUAAAACAAAUUAAAUGUCUGGUGUAUGAGGUACUAGUGUGACGACUAGCAAAGUAGCAAUGUGUAAAGAAAUGUGUGUUGCUAAGAUGUAAAGUGAUGCCAUGUUUUUGGGUAAAAAUAUGUCUAACAUGGGUACCUGGUUAUUGACAUUUACAGUGUUUGCAAGUUCAUCCCCAAAAUACUUGAUAUUUAGCUUGUUUGCUACACUUCAUAAGCACUGGUGCAAGUACUAACCCAAU